CACGCUUAACACCAGAGAGAGAAAGAGAGAGCCACCAUUUGAGACCAUACAGAUGCGUGCUUCAUAAGCCAUUUCCAUUCAAUUCCAAACCCUAGAUCUCUUAACUCUUAACUAUUCACUCUUCCAAACUUACCCUUUUCAGAUCUGUACAAUUCCUUAUUCUGGGUUGAUCCCAAGAUUUCAUUUUGGUUUAAUUUGGAUCUUAAAUUUAUGUUCUUGUUUUAGUCAGCUAUGGCAAUGCCAUCCGGGAAUGUGGUUUUAUCCGAUAACAAAAUGCAGUUCCCUGAUGAGCGAGAUGGGUUUAUUUUCUGGUUGAGGAGUGAGUUUGCCGCUGCUAAUGCUAUAAUUGACGCUCUUUGUCACCAUUUGCGUGCAGUUGGUGAGGGUGGAGAAUAUGAUUUAGUCAUGAGUUACAUUCAAAACAGGAGGUCUCAUUGGUCCCAAGUUCUCCAUAUGCAGCAGUAUUUUCCUGUUGGUGAUGUGUUGUAUGCUUUGCAACAAGUGACUUGGAAAAAACAACCGAGGUUCUUUGAGCCAUUCAGCUAUAACAAGAAUAGUAAGAGAUCUAGUGGGUAUGUUAAGAGGGAUUCGUAUAAGUCAAGUGUGGAUAAGGAUAAUCAACCCGUUGAUGCAAAUUCUUCAGUUUCGGAUACUAAUGAUAAGAUAGAUGCUGUUACUAAAGCUCCUGAAGAUGGCAGCUCAAAGAAUUCAGGGGAUUCAGAAAUUUCUAAGUCUGCUAAUUCGGAACCUAAAGCUGAGGCGUCAGAUGACGGAUGCACCCCAAGCCCCAAAGAGAAGGAUUCACAUUCCGUUCAAAAUCAGAUUGAGAAGCAGAAUCUCACAACAGCUCCAAAAACUUUUGUCCGUUCAGAGAUGUAUGAUGGAAAGAUGGUUAAUGUGGUUGAUGGGCUUAAAUUAUAUGAAGAACUUUGUGCUAAUUCAGAAGUUUCAACGCUUCUUUCAAUGGUUAAUGAUUUAAGAGCUGCAGGAAAAAGAGGUCAAAUUCAAGGCCAAGCAUAUGUGGUCUCAAAGAGGCCAAUGAAGGGACACGGAAGAGAGAUGAUUCAAUUGGGCCUCCCAAUUGCAGAUGCACCUCCAGAAGAUGAAAAUGCAGUAGGGACCUCUAAAGAUCGGAGAAUAGAACCCAUUCCUGCCUUGCUUCAAGAUGUUAUUGAACGCUUAGUUGGCAUGCAAAUUAUGACAGUAAAGCCAGAUUCAUGCAUCAUUGAUUUCUAUAAUGAGGGUGAUCACUCACAGCCUCACAUUUGGCCGCAUUGGUUUGGACGGCCUGUUAGCACCCUGUUCCUGACAGAUUGUGAAAUGACCUUUGGCAGAAUGAUUGGAGCAGACCAUCCUGGAGAUUAUAGAGGCGCCCUUAAGCUUUCUCUGGCUCCUGGAUCUCUACUGGUAAUGCAAGGAAAGUCUGCGGAUUUUGCUAAACAUGCAAUUCCUUCAAUCCGAAAACAGCGCAUACUUGUUACUUUUACCAAGUCUCAACCAAAGAAAUUUACGGCAAGUGAUGAUCAGCGUCUUACUUCAUCUGUAUUAGCCCCUUUGCCACACUGGGUUCCACCACCCAGUAGAUCCCCUAAUCGUAUUCACAAUCCUGUUGGCCCCAAGCAUUAUUCAUCAGUUCCAACAACUGGUGUACUGCCUGCACCAAUUCGGACAUCAAUUCCUCCACCAAAUGGUGUUCAGCCCCUCUAUGUUACCCCCUCAGUUGCCCAAGGAAUGGCUUUCCCCGCACCAGUCUCCAUCCCAGCUGGAUCAACUGGAUGGGCCGCAGCUCCACCAAGGCAUCCUCCUCGCCUUCCUGUACCUGGCACUGGAGUUUUCUUUCCUCCAUCAGGCUCUGCUAGUUCUUCAUCUCCUCAACAACUAUCAACAACUGCACCUGAGAUUAAUUCAACCACAGAAUUGGCUUCCCUUGCAGAUAAAGAAAAUGGUGUCGGGAAACCCAACCAUCAUACAAAUGCUUCUCCAAAGGAGAAGCUGGAUGGAAUAACAGAUGGACAAGACUGCAAUGGAAGUGUAGAUGGAACUGGUGGCAUUAAAGCUGCAAUGAAGGAAGAACAACAUCAAAGUGUUGAUGAUACUGCAGCAAGCAAGACAGUCGGUACAGUAUAAAGCACAGGGGGGGGGGGGGGGGGAGAGAGAGAGAGAGAGAGAGAGUACUAUAUUCGUGGAAAGGGGAGGGAAGAUGGAGUAGGCUGCGAACUGCAACGAGUUUGAAGCAAAUGUAAAGAGCGGCGAAAUUCAGAUCUUUUGACAUUUUAUACUAGUAUGGAGGACACAAAGGGGAAGAGGAACUGCACAAUUCUCCUUGCAAUUCCUUACCUUGUGGUUCUCUAUUCCGUUUUUGUUGUUUUAUUAUAUCAACACUCUUACACUUGUUGGAAAACUCAAUUCUUAAUUUAGAUGUGUCUCUUAUUUCUUUC